GCACCCUUAAUGAAAGACGUAGUUCUACGUCAAAAACGUAACAUUACCAUUUUACUGGCUGCGCCAUCUGGUUGUAAAUCUAACCUCAAUUCGUCAACACAGCAGCGCCUCUAGUGUUCAGUUCGAUACCAUUUCUCAAACACUGGCAGCACUGAAACGAUUGAUUACAGCGCAAUCAUUUUUUUCUUUGCAUUUCCGAAGCAACCAAAACAAAAACAGACAUUCGAAAAUCUAUCUCAGGAAAACCUUUACUCGGUUCAGUUACGAGAGAUUAACUAAUAGUGAGAUUCAAAUGGUGCUGAUUUAUAGAUGAGCAUGGACAUGAUUCCUUAGAAUAAAAUUAGUAAAAAAUCGAUCCAAGCGCAGAAGAUAUGACAUUCCAUCCGACACAUUCGUAGUGGACCCCGGAACUGGCCAAGAUGAGCAACAAACCGAACAUCAACGAGUAUCAAAUGCUGGAGCGUCUCGGGGUCGGAUCCUACGCUUCAGUAAACCGCGCAAUGAGGAAGAGCACUAAGGAAAUAUUCGCAAUCAAAUGUGUGGAGAAGGCUUCGUUGUCGAAAACCGCCGUCGACAACAUAAUAACCGAGAUUAGUUUGCUGAAAAAGCUGAAACAUUCGCACAUAGUCGAGAUGAAGGAUUUCCUGUGGGAUGAUCGGUUUAUUUACAUCGUGAUGGAGUACUGCAAUGGGGGGAGUUUGUCCGCCUACAUUCGGCAGAAGCAGAAGUUGAAUGAGGGCACGUGUAAGAUCUUCCUGCGCCAGCUCUCGCUGGCGCUGAGAUAUAUGCGGGAAAACGAUGUGAGUCAUUUCGAUUUGAAACCACAAAAUUUGCUGCUGACGAAAGCCAGCGGAGGAGAGAUCAGUUUGAAGGUGGCCGAUUUCGGAUUCGCGCAGCAUUUGAAGUUGGGCCAGGAGAAUACCUCGAUCAAGGGAUCGCCUCUGUAUAUGGCGCCGGAGAUUCUUCUGAAGCAUUGUUACGACGCAACGGCGGAUCUGUGGAGUAUAGGCGUUAUCCUGUAUGAGUGCCUCUUCGGGAAGGCUCCGUACAGUUCGAAAUCACUUCAGGAGCUGCUGGAGAAGAUUCGGAACAACACGAGAAUCGAGAUUCCCAAAUGCCAUUCCAUUUCAGCCGAGUGUGAAGAUCUUUUGUGUAGACUGCUCCAGCGGUCACCCAAGGAUCGGAUCAAGUUCGAGGAAUUUUUCAAACAUCCUUUCCUCGAUUUGGAACACGCGCCUUCCGACGAGAAUCUCGAUAAGGCGAUAGCCCUUAUCAACAAGGCCAUCGAAUUGGACAAGGAAAGAGAUUACGACACGGCAUAUCAUCACUACUGCAAAGGGUUACAGUAUUUCGUUCCUAUCAUCCAGGCGGAAACGAGUCCAGCUAAGAAGCAGAUUCUACGUCGAAGGGUUCAAACGUAUUUGAAUCGGGCGGAGGAAAUCAAACACUCGUUCCGACGAGAACCCGAGACGAAACCGGUUGCCGCGGACAAAACACUAGAAAAGACACCUUCACGAGCGGAAAUGAUACAGCGGGCACUGGAACCAACCGAACUGUACAAACAACUGCUAGCGCUAGCUUCAUCUAGUCCCGAAUUGAACGGUCCGCUGGAAAUUGGCCGCCAGGCGGAGUUGUACGCACUGGAGAACAAGCUGGACAUCGCACUGGACUCAUUCAAGACCGCUCUUGGUGCCUUAAUGCCACUGCUGGCUGCCGAACCACGUGGAUCCAAGCGGAAGGAGUUACUGCAUCAGCAGAUAGUUCGAUGGAUGGAGGAAGCGGAACACAUCAAGUCCAUUCGUUCGGCGCAGAUUCUCGAGGAAAUGGAGAAUAGUCCCGUGGGAACCUCUAAUUGCUGCGUGCAGUGAAGGGGGAAUUUUGAUCACAGCUUUUGCUUUUAGUAUUUCUUAUUUUAGGCGUUGAUUAUUUCAUAAAUAUUUAUUCCAAGCUUUGCCCGGAAUUUUGCUCAGUGUUUUUCAAUGGUUGAUUGCUUUAAAAUUGAUUCCGAUUAUAUGCCACAAGCUUA